ACAAAGGUGAGGUCAACAGCGCUCGUCGGAAAUCAACAGAAGCUUUCGCUUGAGAAGAUUAAGGCCUUGUCGUGAGUGUUUUGAUACGAUACACGAUGAAUACUCAGUCAAACAGAUUCAUUCUAUUCUUACCUGUUCGUCGUCUGCAAUUCUAGUACCAACUACAGGCUUUUAUUCUGUAACUCUUUCUAGAAAAAAUUGAAAUAUCUUGAAGAGCAUCAUCAGGGUAAGCAGAUCAACUACAUUCAUUUGUAUCUUCGUGAUCAUCUACUUUGCCUCUCUAUUUUUUCUAUUUUCAUUGCAUCCAACCAGGCGAGUGCAAUGGAGGAUCUUGAGCGAGAACUAAGGGAAAAUCCGGAGUGGAAAGAGUUGUUCCACGUUACUCGAUCCGCUGGUGACGCGAAGGGCGCAUUCCUACUAGAAGAACUGACGAUGAUGGAUAGAGUAGGCGUGGACGACGAUAGAGUAGGCGUGGUACUACAGUUAAAAAACUCCAGACAGGAACAAGCUGGGGACCACAUCAACUCUCAAGCCGGGAACGGAGAAACUUCUUGUACUAGUACUUCUGGUGGUAGUAGAAUGACGAAGAUUCCUAGCGGCGGUAGAUUUACGGACAGUAGGAUACAAGAACCUGGCAACACGAGGACAAUGUCUGGCGCCCUUGGCGCAACUAAUGUGGAUGUUGCGAGACUCAUCCCUGCUUUGUCUCUGCCUGUUUUCUUCCAACUAGUCCGGGAAGUGCUGGCUCCGCUUGAGCAAAGGUUAGUCGCGCAGUCUCAUGCUGCUGGAAACAAGGUAUCCUCAAGAACCGCUGACACGCAUCAGGCACAAGACAUGGAAAAAGUAGGAGGUAGAGAGAGUAUGACUACUAGUAGUAUGCAACAUCAGGAGGAGCUCCUCCAUGACAACAUUCUUGCCCCUUUGCAUGCGGUAUUCGAGCUAGUGAAGGCUCGGCAUCUGACUUAUCUGAAUGGUGAAUGUGUGGGAGACUUUCCUGCAACGGAGGUCGGUCUAGUAAGCGGUUGUGGUCGUGGGCAGUGGAGCGAGGUGGACAAUCUUCUUAAGACACGACCCUCCUGAUCGUGUUCGUGUAGGAAUCGAUUGUAAUUGUUGACUUGGCUCCUGGCUUCAUUAGAAGAAGGGUUUAUUAAGGGUAGGUUAAAGGUGCUUUUCUUACCGCUUUUUAUGCCUCUCCUAAGGGAGAAAGGCAAAACAAGCGGAGUAAGCGAGCACCGAAAACCUACCUCUAAGUUUACUUUUCAAUCACUUGUGGCCCUUUUAGUAGAGCAGUCCGAAUCUACGGCGCCUUUUACUACAGUAGUACUAAUUGUGAAGCAUGAUUGAUCCAAAUAAAGAACUCUAAUCCGUCUAGCGGUGGCGAAAACUUGGCUUCCGACUCUGGCAUCGCUCAGCGCCUCAUUCGGCUAUGGAAUAAAAGGGACGAACUAGUAGUGGCGCGGGAAAAGUCAGUAGAUGGGGAGCAGGAUGUUGGAC